GCGCAGCCGAGCCAGGAAAAACCGAAGCGGACAGACGACGGAAAGUGCCGAAGCGGCGGGGUGCCCGAGGCCGUUGCCGACCUCCGCAUCGAAGCCGCGCCUGCCGCGGAAGCUGAGCCUCCACCGGUACCCUGCGGUACCCUGCCGCCGCAAGCGCGGCUGCCGCCUCCUCCUUCCACCUCACCGCAGCCUCCUAGCAAAGGGAGCAAGUAGGCGGGAGAGCGGCGGACCGGUAAAGGCCGGCGUCCGCAGCCGCAGCGGGGACUCACAAGACCCGAGCGGAAGAGGGGGAGGAGGGCGCGGGGGCCGUAGCAGGGGCGGGGCCGAGGAUAGCCGAGUCCUCCCGAGCACUUCCGAACACACCCGAGGUGCUAAGCCAGGCCAGAGCCGGACUACGGGAGCCGAGGCGGGCCGUGCGGUGGGCGCGGAGCAGCGCGGCAGGCCGGGCGGGCGGCAGCGGAGGAGGCCGCGGUAGCGGGUCCGAGGAGCGGAAGCGGCGCAGGCGGCGGCGGGGGGCCGGGUGGCCGGGGUCCCGGGCCCCGCGGCGGCUGCGGCGGCGGCGGCGGCGGCAGGAUGAUCAAGCUGUUCUCGCUGAAGCAGCAGAAGAAGGAGGAGGAGUCGGCCGGCGGCACCAAGGGCAGCAGCAAGAAGGCGUCGGCGGCGCAGCUGCGGAUUCAGAAGGACAUUAACGAGCUGAACCUGCCCAAGACGUGUGACAUCAGCUUCUCAGACCCAGACGACCUCCUCAACUUCAAACUGGUUAUCUGUCCUGAUGAAGGCUUCUACAAGAGCGGCAAGUUUGUGUUCAGCUUUAAGGUGGGACAGGGUUACCCACAUGACCCUCCCAAGGUGAAGUGUGAAACAAUGGUUUAUCAUCCCAACAUUGACCUCGAGGGCAACGUCUGCCUCAACAUCCUCAGAGAGGACUGGAAGCCAGUCCUUACGAUAAACUCCAUAAUUUAUGGCCUGCAGUAUCUCUUCUUGGAGCCCAACCCCGAGGACCCACUGAACAAGGAGGCUGCCGAGGUCCUGCAGAACAAUCGGCGGCUGUUUGAACAAAACGUGCAGCGCUCCAUGAGAGGUGGUUACAUCGGGUCCACCUACUUCGAGCGCUGCCUGAAAUAGGGUUAGCAAUUACCCAUCCCUGCCAGGGUUACUGGCCCAGGCAUCCCCUGCAAAUAUUUAUUGGGGGCCCAGGUAGGGUGUGUGGGGUAGCCUUGGCCCCUGCCUUGGCCUUGCCUCUCCUCCCUGUCACCUGCCCCUAGUUAUUUUUUUUGACCACCACGUGAUUAUGGUCGGUGCUGCCUCCCCCGACCUGCUCAGCGAUGGGAAAUGAAUUGGCUUGUUUAGCGCCCCCCCUCCCGCUGGGUGCUGUCCAACCCCCCACUCUUGACUGUGGGGUAAGUGGGCAAUGGGCCUGGGUCACCAGGCUCAAGCAACCCACCCCACCACCACUGGAGGUCCCACCAGGCUAUUAAAGGGGAAUGUUACUGCAUGGCCUCUGCCUCUUCCUUCUGUGGGGUGGGAGGUACAAGUGAGGUCCACCAGCGUCUAUAAUGAAGAUAAAUUUGUGGCCUUGGGUUGGGUGGGACCACUCACUGGGAUGAGGCGCAAGCAAUGGAAGAAUCAGGUAAUUUCAGCUCCUGGCCCUUACACCAACAUAAGGGAGCCUACAAGUCAUUUCCAGUCUUGCCCCUUUAUGCCAUGUGUGGGCCCGCCAAUUUGGUUCCUGCCAGGCACUUGCUAAGAUACGAUAAAUGAUCUGCCCAAAACUGGGUGGAGUAUGGGCCUUCCAGAAUGAAUAGCCAGUCCUGCUGCGCUCCCGCCGUGGGCCUGCGAUGCUGGCUUGGGUGGGGCUUGUACCUUCUGCUGAGGUGCGGGGUCCUUUGCGCAUGCGCUUUUAUGGCUGGCUGUGCGCGUGCGUCUUAGCACUUCCCAGCAUUCCCGGAGAGGGUGGGUCGUG